UGAUCCAGAACCCUGCAGAAUGAAACACACUGAAGAUACUGAAGAACAAAGAGAUAUGAUUGAAGAGGAGAAGGAGAGUGAAGAACUGAGUGAAGUGGAGGAGGAACAUCAUGUCAAAAACUCAAAGACUAAAACAACAUUUUUAAAGAAACGAAGAGGCAAGAAAUCUUUCACCUGCACUCAGUGUGGAAAGAGUUUCACAACCAAACUAAAUCUUGAGAAUCACAUGAGAGUUCAUACUGGAGAGAGACCGUUCACAUGUGAUCAGUGCAGGACGAGUUUCAAACAAAAAAUACAUCUUAAUCAACACAUGAAUAUCCACACUGAAGAAAAGCCAUUUAAGUGUGAUCAAUGUGGGAAAGGAUUCACGAAAUCAUCAAGCCUUAAAGGACACAUGAGGAUCCACACCGGAGAGAAGCCGUUCAUGUGUGAAUGGUGUGACAAGAGAUUCUCACUCAAGCAUUAUCUUCAGAUACACAUGAGGAUCCACACUGGAGAAAAGCCAUUUGCAUGUGAUCAAUGUGGGAAGAGUUUCAGUCAAUCAACACAACUUAAGAGUCACAUGAAAAUCCACACCGGAGAAAAGCCGUUUACAUGUGAUCAGUGUGAAAAGAGUUUCAGUCAGUCAGCACAACUUAAGACUCACAUGAGAGUUCACACUGGAGUGAAGCCGUUCGCAUGUGAUCAAGUGCAGCAAAACAUUUCUUCAUUCAUCAAACCUGAAGAAACACCUGAGAGUUCAUACGAAGGAGAAACCACAUUCAUGUUCUGUGUGUGGAAAGUGUUUCUCACGGCUGUCACAUUUAUAUAGCCAUGAGAAAAUUCAUACUGGUGUGAGAGAUUAUAUGUGCUUUGAGUGUGAGAAAACUUUUACUACAGGUUGCAAUUUAAAACUGCACCAGAGGAUUCACACUGGAGAAAAACCUUACAAGUGUUCACACUGUGACAAGAGAUUCAGUUUUUCAGCAUCUCUGAAAAGACAUGAGAUGAUUCACACUGGAGAGAAGCCGCACACGUGUGAUCAGUGCGGAAAGAGUUUCACUGUUAAAAGCGACCUGAAGCGACACACGAAGAUCCAUGCAGUGGAGAAACCACAUCACCGCAGUCUGAAAUCACAACCUGAUGGACGUGAACAAGAAAGGAAAAACAGAAGAGAAAACAUCUGUCACCUGCCCUCAGAGUAAAAAACAUUCACAUGUAAAUCAAGGCUGAAGAUUCACAUGAGAUUCACACUGGGGAGAAGUGGAUCAGAAUUUCGGUCUAAAAUCUUUUAAGUUCAGGAGCUGAAGAAGAGACACUCUUAAGAGAGACAUGAAUCUGACAUUAUUUUAACUCAUUCGUCAUUGUUUUUCAUAAGAUGAUGUUGUUUCUCUUCCACUUCUGCUCUCCCAUGCAAAUGUAAGAUAUGCUUUCAUGUAGUUUUGAAACUGAACACUUGAUUCUCUUCUUCUCUUGAGAUGCUUUGACUCUCUUAUAUAAGCCAUAAAGAGAGAGAUCUGUCUUAUUCAUUUUCAUUUUUACUUGAUUUAUUAAACUCGUUAAUCCUUUUA